UACCCAAAUGAGGGGGCGGGACGGCACAAGCCCCUCCCACCUAUAAGAGGGCGCUGCGGAGGAGCCUGCGACAGCCGCAGCUUCGCGCAGAGCUGCGACGCACGGAGCCGUCGGGAGAGUCCGCACCGCCACCCGCACCAUGCGUGAGUGCAUCUCUGUCCAUGUCGGCCAGGCCGGCGUCCAGAUGGGCAACACCUGCUGGGAGCUGUACUGCCUGGAACACGGCAUCCAGCCUGAUGGACAGAUGCCCAGCGACAAAACCAUUGGUGGAGGGGAUGACUCCUUCACCACCUUCUUCUGUGAGACUGGGGCUGGGAAGCAUGUCCCGCGGGCCAUCUUCGUGGACCUGGAGCCCACCGUGAUUGAUGAGGUUCGUGGAGGAGUGUACCGCCAGCUCUUCCACCCUGAGCAGCUGAUCACUGGCAAGGAGGAUGCUGCCAACAACUAUGCCCGCGGACAUUACACCAUCGGCAAAGAGAUCAUUGACCAAGUGCUGGACAGGAUCCGGAAGCUGGCUGACCAGUGCACAGGACUCCAGGGCUUCCUUGUGUUUCAUAGCUUUGGAGGAGGAACCGGCUCUGGAUUCACCUCCCUGUUGAUGGAGCGGCUCUCCGUUGAUUAUGGCAAGAAGUCCAAGCUGGAGUUCUCCAUCUACCCUGCUCCACAGGUCUCCACUGCUGUGGUGGAGCCCUACAACUCCAUCCUCACCACGCACACCACCCUGGAGCACUCGGACUGUGCUUUCAUGGUGGACAAUGAGGCCAUCUAUGACAUCUGCCGCAGGAACCUGGACAUCGAGCGCCCCACCUACACCAACCUCAACCGCCUCAUCAGCCAGAUUGUCUCAUCUAUCACAGCGUCACUGAGGUUUGACGGGGCCCUGAAUGUUGACCUAACGGAGUUCCAGACCAACCUUGUGCCCUACCCUCGUAUCCACUUCCCCCUGGCCACCUAUGCCCCUGUCAUCUCUGCGGAGAAGGCCUAUCACGAGCAGCUGUCAGUGGCUGAGAUCACCAACUCCUGCUUUGAGCCAGUCAACCAGAUGGUGAAGUGUGACCCUCGCCACGGCAAGUACAUGGCCUGCUGCCUGCUGUACCGUGGGGAUGUGGUGCCCAAGGAUGUCAACGCCGCCAUCGCCACCAUCAAGACCAAGCGCAGCAUCCAGUUUGUGGACUGGUGUCCCACAGGCUUCAAGGUGGGCAUCAACUACCAGCCGCCCACAGUGGUGCCAGGGGGAGACCUGGCCAAGGUGCAGCGCGCCGUCUGCAUGCUGAGCAACACCACGGCCAUCGCCGAGGCCUGGGCUCGCCUAGACCACAAGUUUGACCUGAUGUACGCCAAGCGAGCCUUCGUGCACUGGUACGUGGGCGAGGGCAUGGAGGAAGGGGAGUUCUCCGAGGCACGGGAAGACAUGGCUGCUCUGGAGAAGGAUUAUGAGGAGGUCGGCCUGGACUCCUAUGAGGAUGAAGAGGAGGGCGAGGAGUAAAGAAGCCCCUACCGAAAAGGACCACGCUCCUUUUCCAUGUUACCUGCAGAAACCCUUUGCAAUAAACCAUUUCAGAGCAUUCAUGUCUCCUAGUGACCCCUCAGCUGUAUCAGUUUCUUGCCAGGUCAGGCGUGUGGUGAGUGCUUCUGCGCUGCUGCUGGUGCUGCUAUACUUCCUCCCAGCACUCUGUUCCAGGUCCAGCUUGCUCCCCAUGCAGGUAAGAGCCCCCGGGUCCACUGCCGAGGACUCUGGCGCACAUCCCACCCCGCUUGCUGCUCCAGUCAGGGGUGGGUAUUGCUUCCUCAUGUGGUACAUGGCCCCGCCGUGCAGGACUGUGUUGUGUCCUGCAGCCCUGGGGAGCAGAUUUAGCCUGAGCCGGAAAACAUACACAGCUGCUGGGACUUCUUCCCAUGUACAGCCACAGGGUAGAUGGGCUUAUCUGGAAGGAGAGUGGUUAAAGCAGUGGGCGAAGACUGGCACUCCUGUCCCUGUGGCCACAGUGUGGGGACAAGGGGUGUGCACAGCUCUGCGGUGCAGCAGGUGCACAUCGUAAGGGCAUCCAGCGUGACACGAUCCCCCACGGCUGCUUUUCUGCUGUGUUGUGGUGAGAGGAUUAAAGGAGGGGAGUGC